AUGGAAGAUCACAGAGUUGGAGCUUCUUCUGCUGGGCCUUAUUAUCCUCUGGGCGAGUCUGAAGCGGGCAGUGGGGUUGAAGAUUUCUUCCCAAAUGAUUCUUCUCGGUUAAAACAAUUGGGCUACAAACAAGAACUCAGCCGUGGACUUUCGUUCUUGGCGAAUUUUUCUGUGACUUUCUCCAUCAUAUCAGUGAUGACUGGAAUAACCACACUAUACAAUCAGGGUCUGACUUUUGGAGGGCCCAUGACCAUGGUCUGCGGAUGGCCCAUCGUUGGGUUGAUGACACUCAUUGUGGGCUUGUCAAUGGCUGAGAUCUGCUCUGCUUACCCAACUGCUGCUGGGCUUUACUUUUGGAGUGCUAAGCUCUCUGGUGAUGAUUGGGGUCCAUUUGCUUCUUGGCUGACUGGAUGGUUCAACAUUGUUGGUCAGUGGGCUGUAACAACCAGUGUAGACUUUUCACUUGCCCAGCUGAUUCAAGUGAUCAUCCUCCUAAGUACUGGUGGAAAAUCUGGGGGUGGAUAUGUGGCAUCUAAAUAUGUGGUUAUUGCUAUCCACGGUGCAAUUUUGCUGUCGCAUGCUAUUUUAAACAGUCUUCCCAUCUCGUGGUUAUCAUUUUUUGGGCAGCUUGCUGCAGCGUGGAAUGUUUUGGGUGUCUUUGUUCUCAUGAUUGUCAUUCCAACCGUUGCAACUGAAAAAGCCAGUCCUGAGUUUGUGUUUACCCACUUCAACACCGACAAUGGAGUAGGAAUCCACAGUAAAUUAUACAUAUUUAUACUAGGACUUCUCAUGAGCCAGUAUACACUAACUGGAUAUGAUGCAUCUGCCCACAUGUCAGAGGAAACCAAGAGUGCUGAUAAAAAUGGGCCAAAGGGAAUAAUAAGUGCCAUUGGAAUAUCUAUAAUUGUUGGAUGGGGUUAUAUACUCGGCAUCACAUUUGCUGUCACAAACAUCCCCAAUCUUUUGAACCAAGAAAAUGACGCUGGUGGUUAUGCCAUUGCUCAAAUAUUCUAUCAAGUAUUCAAAAUUAGAUAUGGCAGUGGAGUUGGAGGAAUUGUAUGUUUGGGCAUAGUUGCUGUUGCUAUAUACUUCUGUGGUAUGAGCUCAAUCACAAGUAAUUCAAGGAUGGCAUAUGCUUUCUCUAGAGAUGGGGCUAUGCCUUUGUCGUCCUUCUGGCAUAAGGUGAACAAGCAGGAGGUUCCUCUAAAUGCAGUUUGGUUGUCAGCUUUCAUAGCAUUCUGCAUGGCACUAACGUCUCUUGGAAGCUUAGUAGCAUUUCAAGCCAUGGUGUCCAUAGCAACUAUUGGACUCUAUAUCGCGUAUGCCCUACCGAUCUUUUUUCGGGUAACCUUGGCUCGGAAAUCUUUCAUCCCAGGGCCUUUCAAUUUGGGGCGUUUUGGAGAACUUGUUGGUUGGAUUGCAGUUUUGUGGGUGGCUACCAUCAGUGUCCUGUUCUCCUUGCCAGUUGCUUAUCCCAUUACUGAUCAAACACUCAACUAUACCCCUGUUGCUGUAGGGGGACUAUUUAUAAUUACUGUUUCGUCGUGGGUUUUCAGUGCCCGGCAUUGGUUCAAAGGUCCUAUUACCAACAUAGACAACUGA